GCCGCGGCGAGCGCGCGGGACGGGGCCCGAGGCCGGGUGCGAGCCGAGGCACCGGGCGGCGGCGGCGCGCGCCAUGUCGUUCAGUGAGAUGAACCGCAGGACGCUGGCGUUCCGAGGAGGCGGGUUGAUCACCGGCGGCGGCGGCGGCCCCACGAACAAUAACGCCGGCGGGGAGGCCUCGGCUUGGCCUCCGCAGCCGCAGCCACGACAGCCCGCGCCGCCCGCGCCGCAGCAGCCCAAUGGGCGCGGGGCCGACGAGGAAAUGGACUCGGAGGGCCUGGAGCCCCAGGACUCGGAGGCCUCCGCCGGGGCGGCCGCCGCCGAGGACGCCAAGGAGUUGCUGCUCCCUCAGGACGCGGGCGGCCCCGCCUCGCUGGGCGGCGGCGCGGGGGGCCCCCUGCUAGCGGAAAGGAACCGUCGGACUCUGGCCUUCCGCGGGGGAGGCGCCGGGGGUCUCGGCAACAAUGGCAGCAGCCGCGGCCGCCCGGAGACCUCGGCGUGGCCCCUCAGGCAUUUCAAUGGGCGCGGGCCGGCGGCCGUGGAGCUGGAGCUGGACGCGCUGGAGGGGAAGGAGUUGAUGCAGGACGGCGCGUCCCUGAGCGACAGCACCGAGGACGAGGAGGAGGGGGCGAGCCCGGGCGACGGCAGUGGGGCGGAAGGCGGCAGCUGCAGUAGCAGCAGGCGGUCGGGAGGCGAUGGCGGGGACGACGCGGAGGGCAGCGGUGUGGGAGCUGGCGACGGAGAGGCUGUCCAGCACUUCCCGCUCGCGAGGCCCAAGUCCCUCCUGCAGAAGCUCCAGUGCUCCUUCCAGACCUCUUGGCUCAAGGACUUCCCGUGGCUGCGCUACUCCAGGGAUACCGGCCUCAUGUUCUGCGGCUGGUGCCACAAGCCCCCCGAGGAUGGCGGCGGCGCGGACCUGUCCCCGGUGGGGCACGACGAGCUUUCGCGAGGGACCCGCAACUACAAGAAGACCCUGCUCCUCAGGCACCACGUCUCCACCGAGCACAAACUCCACGAAGCCAACGCCCAGGAGUCAGAAAUACCGUCAGAGGAGGGGUACUGUGACUUUAAUAGUAGGCCAAAUGAGAACUCUUAUUGCUAUCAACUUCUUCGUCAACUAGAUGAGCAGAGAAAGAAAGAUAUUCUUUGUGAUGUCAGCAUUGUGGUGAGCGGGAAAAUCUUUAAAGCUCAUAAGAACAUCCUGGUUGCAGGCAGCCGUUUCUUUAAGACUUUAUAUUGUGUUUCAAACAAAGAAAGCCCUAACCAAAACAAUACUACCCACUUAGAUAUUGCUGCAGUUCAAGGUUUUUCAGUCAUCUUGGACUUCCUGUAUUCUGGGAACCUGGUGCUCACAAGCCAAAAUGCCAUUGAAGUGAUGACAGUGGCCAGCUACCUUCAAAUGAGCGAAGUUGUCCAAACUUGCCGAAAUUUCAUUAAAGAUGCCUUAAAUAUAAGCAUUAAGUCAGAAGCUCCAGAGUCUGUGGUUGUGGACUAUAAUAAUAGGAAACCAGUUAAUAGAGAUGGCCUAACUUCAUCAAGGGAUCAAAAAAUCGCCAGCUUCUGGGCGACACGGAAUCUUACCAGUUUGGCAAGUAGUAUAAAAAUUGAAAAUGAUGCUUGUAAUGUCGACGAGGGCCAAAUAGAAAACUACCAGAUGAAUGACAGUAAUUGGGUCCAGGAUGCUUCUCCUGAAUUGGCUGAAAAUGAAUCUCAAGUUAAAACAAAAGUGUUUAUUUGGAAUAAUGUAAGCUCUCAAGAGACUGGCAAAGCAAGGAGGAAAAACCAAACUACCAAGAGAUUUGUUUAUAAUAUACCACCUAAUAAUGAAACAAAUGUAGAAGAUUGCUCAGUGAUGCAGCCACCUGUUGCCUAUCCAGAAGAAAAUAACUCCCUACUCAUCAAGGAAGAACCAGAUUUGGACGGUGCACUACUCUCAGGGUCUGAUGGCGAUAGGACCGUGAAUUCAAAUUUAUUGGCAGAAGCCUGCAGUGGUCAAGAUGCAGGUGAUGCUGGAGCAUCCCAUGACUUCAAGUAUGGUGUGAUGCCUAGCACUUCAAAUGAUUUCAAGUAUGGAUUGCUACCAAGUACUUCAAAUGAUUUCAAAUAUGGAUUGUUACCAGGUGCUUCAAAUGAUUUCAAGUAUGGAUUAUUGCCAGAAUCUUGGCCCAAACAAGAAACGUGGGAAAAUGGCAAGUAUUAUCAACAAAUACAAAAUGGUGACUCAUCUCUAAUCAUGAACAAGUUAAAAUGCCCUCACUGUACCUAUGUAGCCAAAUACAGACGAACACUAAAAAGACACUUGCUCAUUCAUACUGGAGUGAGAUCGUUUAGCUGUGACAUUUGUGGGAAGCUGUUUACUAGAAGAGAACAUGUAAAAAGACAUUCCCUGGUGCAUAAAAAGGAUAAGAAAUACAAAUGCAUGGUGUGUAAGAAGAUCUUCAUGUUAGCAGCCAGUGUUGGAAUAAGACAUGGAUCUCGACGCUAUGGAGUCUGUAUGGACUGUGCAGAUAAGUCACAGCCAGGAGGGCAAGAAGGUGUAGAUCAGGGACAGGAUGCAGAGUUCCCUCGGGAUGAAGAGUACGAGGAGAAUGAAGGAGGAGAGCCUGAUGAAGAGCUGGCUGAGAAUGGAGAAGACCAGAAUGAUGCGUCUCGAUGGGAUGAAUCGGGAGAUGUCUGUAUGUCUCUGGAUGCUUAACUGACCUUACUAUAUUCCUCAAGAAUGCUGCAUUUGGACAUACUAUGAAUCGACAAUUUGGAUUGUUGAACUUGAAGGCUUGCAAAAUAUGGUACAUGCUGGAUGGUAGUUACGUUGCUGUGAAAAACUGUAGGGUUAAAGCCUUAUAGCAAAAAAAAAAUUUUUUUUUAUAUUUGCACAGGACUGUACAGCAAACAACCAUGUGGUUGGAUACAUGGAGUCCCCACAUUCAGUCAGUUAUCAAAGUAAAAUAUUUUUUAUUUAUAGGAUAUACAGUUAACUAUUUGGGUUCUAUGAAAAUAUAGUACUUGUCCUUUCUAGAGGUUACAUUCAUGUACUACUGUAACAUGAAUGAAGAAAAUCCAUUUGUGGAAGUACAGUGACAGUUGACCCAAUCACUCUGUCAAUCAAACCACUCAGGCUAGUUUGUACUAGUAGAGUUUUGUUUCUAUUUUUAUUUUAUUAAUUUUAUUUUUUUUAAUAGAGAUUUUCAGUGAGGGGCUUUUUCAACCCCAUUGGUUCUAUUUUCUUGUAUUUUUUUCAUUUUAUUUGCUUUAUAACUUAAACCAAGUCUCUUCUAGUCUUAGAUAUUAUUUCUGAAUUCUGUGCUGAUAGGCAUGUUUAUAAGAACUGGAGAGGUAAUUUAUUGGAAUGAACUGACUCCCCUUCCUUCCUUCCACUUUGACAUGAAUUUUCCCACUGCACAAAUGAAGAAUGAUGUUACGACGUUGCCAUGGUGAAGCUGACAAACCACUAAAAUGAUGAUGACUUAGAAGUGACUUUCUCCUGCUGCUCUAAUUCGAUAAAUGGUUACUAUAUAAUGUUUUCUGACAUAGUUUUUGGUUUUGGGUAUCUGUUACUUUGGCACUAUUCUUGUUUGCCUCUUAAAUUUUGCCAGUGUACUAUACCUCAGCCUUAUUUGAAAUACAGAAGUCUAAUUGAAGAAAAGUCAUAGAAAAACACAUAAAAUUAUUUGUUUUAUAAUUUAUCAUCCAUGUCCAGUUUGGUUAGCUUGUUAUGCAAAAUAAGUGAAAUAUCAGGGUUUUCUCCCCCUGUGCCCUUUUUUUAAAAUCAUUAAAAUUAACCCAAAAUGUGCAUUCUCUUUUGUUUCAUGCUUACCGGGAUAUUGAGUGAUAUAAAUUGUGGCUGUUAAUUUGUUUUUCCAUUCCUUAAAGUCACCAUACCUUGAUGAAAUCUUUAUAGUCACCAUGAUUCAACAAACUGCAGAAAUCUUACAAAUAAAAUGUUGAGAGCCUUUAUUGUUCCAUUAUCUAAAUUCUUUAGGAGUCAAAGAGUGAUUCAUUGAGUUGAAAUUGUUAGAUUUAUUUUGUCUGGUGACAUGAACUGGCUGACAGUGGAACUUGAGCAGCCUUCUACAUGCUAACAUGACGACAUGGAUCAAGAGCAUAUUGUAUACUAGAGAAGAGUGAGAGACAGCAUAUUUUCAACUUUCUUUUGAAUACAAAUUGAGUAUAUUUUCCUAUUUUAUAUCAAGUAACUAAAGUGGGCCAGUUGUGUGGAAGAAACCACAGAGCCUCUUUGACAGACACAAUCUUUUUGGUGCUCCGUCUGGUCAAAGUUGAAAAGUUGAUUUCCAUUUAAAGAGACAAACUUGAUCAUUGCCUCUGAUUUCAGUAGAAUGAUGGUUUGAUACUGGUCAGUGACUUUCUGUGUGGCUAGAUGAGAGAUGAAAUGUUAGUGUUCCAUUGUGAGAUGCCCCCAUGGCCCUCAACUGUAUGGUAGUCUCUGCACACCUGGGAGCCUGGCAGAAGACUAGUUCAGGUUUGAGUUUUGUUUAAAAUGAAGAGUACACCUUAUUCUCAGUGUUUGAAACAAAUGAGUAAAAUGUAACUCUAGUAAAGUCCAAAGUAGACAUAGUUGGGCAGAAAUAUUAUGAAUGAAAAAGUAUUUUAAACGUAAAAUGUUCUGCUUUGUGAAUAUGUAAGUAUAGUAUAAAGAUUUCUUUCAUCCCAUUUAUCCCCUUCCUUUAAAAUAAACCAUAGUUUACAAUUGGUAGAUCUGUCUAUAUUAUAAAUAUAUAUUAAAGAGCAAAUAUAUAUAUUUAAAAAAUCACCUAAAUCUGCUUUAUUAGACAGUAGUUCACUUAUUGCAUAGAAACUGGACUUGGUUUUACAUCCUUAAUGUACUUUAUUUUACUCGAGAUAUGACCUUAUCUUGAAACAGAAUUUCUUUUAUUACUUAAAUCAUUUAUGUAUAUCUGGUAAAUUAUGACCAAAUUUUUGUUAGAUUGCAUACAGUAAAUUGAAAUACACAUUUGGUACACUACGGGGUUGUUGUGCUUUUGUUUUGAUUUUAGUUGGAAACAGGUUUGAUGUAGAUGACUUAUUACUGUUAAUUUAAAAUAUUCUAUAAUUGUCCAUUGCCUUUUAUGUCGUGUUGUGACAGAUUUGGCUAUAUUUUUAGUCAUCUGAAAUAUACUUUAAAAAGUUUGUUUUUAGGUAAUCCAAAGGAAAAAAUGUUUAUACUCUUGAAUAUAUAUUUGCCUCAGCCUAUAUAAGUUUCUUUGAAGUAAACACUUUACCAGAACAGAAUUGACAGAUUUUUCUACUUGCUGACUGCCUAAGUUAUUUUGUUUCAUGGUCUUGAGGGAUCGCCUUUUUCCCUUUGAGAUCUUUUUUAAAAAAUAGUUUUAGUACUAAGGUAUACUACUGGACGUUUCUAUUUUUUUAAGUAUAUUCCUUUUCUGACAAUACAACUUCAGGAAGUUGAUAAAUUGCUUAAGAACUUUUGAUUGGUCUCAGAAAGGUAAUGGAUUGGAUACUCAUGAUUUUGUCUGGAAGUCUGACAGAGUUAUGUUGUACAUUUGGUGAAGUUUUUCUUGUAAUUUAUAUUUUAAAUAAAAUAUUUUUAGAGUUUUUAAUUUUAA